AUUCUAUAGUACAUAUUCCUUUUUGAUGAUACCGGCCGACAACAACGACGUUCGAAUACAAAAAAUUCUUGUGUUCUUGAUACCCAGUGUUUCUGUUCCAAUUUUACUUUUCUUCAUCAACGCGUGACAACAUGUCUGGAGAGUUUUACCUGCGCUACUACAUUGGUCACAAAGGUAAAUUUGGUCAUGAGUUUUUGGAAUUUGAGUUUAGACCUGAUGGUAAGCUACGGUAUGCUAAUAAUUCCAACUACAAGAAUGAUACUAUGAUCCGCAAAGAAGUUUUUGUUCAUCAACCCGUCAUCGACGAAUUGAAACGUAUUGUAUCGGAUUCUGAAAUAAUGCACGAAGAUGAUGCAUUGUGGCCAACACCAGACAGAGUCGGCAGGCAGGAACUGGAAAUUGUCAUUGAUGAUGAACAUAUAUCGUUUACCACUUCUAAAACCGGAUCGUUAUUAGAUGUAAAUACAUCCAAGGAUCCAGAGGGUUUAAGAACAUUUUAUUAUCUAGUUCAGGAUCUAAAAUGUUUUGUAUUUUCUUUGAUUUCAUUACAUUUCAAGAUCAAACCAAUUUCCUAAUGAAAUAAAUACCAAUUAAUUUAUGUAAAUAAAUUAAAAAUAUUUUUUUCUAACAAAACAAUUAACAUUGGUUCUUAGAAAAGCAUUCAUUCAUUUUCAAUAAUAUUCUGUAUUAAGUUGAUAAAUUAUUUUUCAUUUACUUUUGUUUCAACUUUUGCAAGCUCUUUCUAUAUACAUUAAGUUG